AUGGCCUGGGAGCAGAGGGCUAGCAUGCUGGUGUGCCGGCUCUGGACCACCAUCAGCAAGGCGCUGUUGGCUGAGUUCCUGGCCACAGGGCUCUAUGUGUUCUUCGGUGUGGGCUCGGGGCUGCACUGGCCCUCGGCAUUCCCCUCUGUGCUGCAGAUUGCUAUCACCUUCAACCUGGCCACGGCCAUGGCUGUCCAGAUCACAUGGAAGGUCAGCGGAGCCCAUGUCAACCCCGCCGUGACCCUAGCAUUCCUCGUGGGCUCCCACAUCUCCCUGCCCCGGGCCAUGGCCUAUGUGGCUGCCCAGCUGGCAGGGGCCAUUGCAGGAGCUGCUCUGCUUUAUGGGGUCACGCCAGGAGACAUCCGAGGCACCCUUGGGACCAAUAUGAUCCGGAACAACAUCUCAACUGGCCAGGCUGUGAUCGUGGAGCUGGUUCUGACUCUGCAGCUGGUGCUGUGUGUCUUUGCUUCCACGGACAGUCGUCAGGCCUCGGGCUCCCCUGCAGUCAUAAUUGGGAUCUCAGUGGCAUUGGGCCACCUUGUCGGGAUCUACUUCACCGGCUGCUCCAUGAACCCUGCCCGCUCAUUUGGGCCUGCUGUCAUCAUUGGGAAGUUCACCUUCCACUGGAUUUUCUGGGUGGGACCCCUGACUGGGGCUUUCCUGGCUUCACUGCUCUACAACUUCAUCCUCUUCCCUGACACCAAGACCCUGGCCCAGCGACUGGCUAUCCUCACAGGCAGCACAAAGGUGGACGAUGUGGUAGCGGCGGAGCCUCAGAAGAAAGAGUCCCAGUCUGGUCCUGGGGACUCCGAAAUGGAAAGUAUAAAGACUCUGCCCAGUUCCCUCCUCCAGGCCUUGCCCAUCUCUCAGUAG